GGAGAGAACAUUUCCUCUCUCGCGUCUCCCAUCUGUCCGCGCGCCGCCUCGGUUCAUCCCUGUACUACCCCGCGGCCGUACGCGUGGAACGCGCGCGCACCGCGCGUUCAACGCAAAUACAGUGUUACGGUAUCCAUCGUCCGCGUUUUUCGGCCCAGUUCUCGUCGUUUUCUCCUCUUUUUCCAAAACGAUCGCGAAAAAUGGAUAGAAUACCGCCACAGUACGAUUACGAUAACGGUGACGAACCAUGGUUAUCUGAAUUUAUGCCAAUGACAAACGACAGUUCUUCUGCAGGGUCUGGUGAACUGAACUCAACAUUUACCACGCCAAUUUCUCCAGUUGAAAGAACCUCGUGUUUAGAUGUGUCCAAAUUAAUGGACAAAUUAAACGAACAACACAUCAAAGAACGGGACAAGAGUGAGAAAUUACCCUCUUCGUCAAGUAUGAGUUUCACCGAUGCGGAUAGUUUACACCCGCUCUCGGCUCACUUGAGAUUUCAAAUGUCCGACUGUCCAAUCGAACUGCAACCCGAAAAAUCAUUGGAAAAACGAUCAUGGUUUUUUUUGGCCUGGGUCGCCAAUCUCGACUUUAUCAUCGAACCUCAGAGCUUCUGUUACGUGACGUGGUUAAGCCUGGUGACCAUGUGCUACCUAUACAACUGUUGGGUAAUACCGCUGCGCAUAACGUUUCCGUACCAAACACAGGAAAACUUGUGGAAGUGGAUGCUGUUAGAUUAUUGCACAGACGUGAUUUAUUUGUUGGAUACGUUUGUAAUCAAACCCCGUAUUAUGUACCUUAAAGACGGGUUUUGGGUGCGUGACUUAAAACUCAUCGAAGUCAACUAUUUGGAAAAGCUCCAGUCAAAAUUGGAUAUAAUAUCUCUUGUGCCAGCCGACAUUGUGUGUCUUGCACCAUGGUUGACUUCAGAAAUAUUACCUUUGAUGAGACUAAAUAGAAUUAUAAAGAUUCAAACAUUUUGGGAAUUCUUCGAUCAUUUCGAUAGCGUUUUAUCAUCACCAUAUGUGGUACGAGUAACAAGAACUCUAACUUACAUGAUCUACUUGGUGCAUUUGAACGCGUGCGCUUACUACUAUGUAUCCGUCAAAGAAGGACUUGCAACUAAUAAUUGGGUGUUCAACGGCCAGGGUAACGCAUACAUACGGUGUUUUUUCUUCGCUACAAAAACGGCAACGUCCAUCGGGAAAAAUCCACAUCCCGAAAACGAAGCGGAGUACCUGUUCAUGACAGCCAGCUGGCUAAUGGGAGUCUUCGUGUUUGCAAUUUUAAUCGGACAGAUCCGAGAUAUAAUAGCAACGGCCACCAGAUCUCAAACCGAGUACAGAAAACUGCAAGACGAGACACUGGAGUAUUUGAGGAAGUUGAAUAUACCCCCGCGUAUUCGCGAACGAGUCGAACAUUGGUUUUCGUUCACGUGGGAACAGCAAAGAACUUUAGAUGAAAACCGUAUAUUGGACUCGCUACCGCACAAAAUGAAAACCGACGUAGCCAUCAACGUGCACAUGAAAACGUUGAACAAAGUGCAAUUGUUCAAAGACUGCGACAAAGCCUUAUUACGUGAAUUGGUGUUAAAGCUACGGCCAAUAUUAUACUUACCGGGCGACUACAUAUGUCGGAAGGGCGAAGUUGGCAAAGAGAUGUACAUCGUGAAAACUGGACAAGUCCAAGUGGUCGGUGGAGAGGACGACGGAGUGUUGGCCACGCUCACUGAAGGGUCGGUGUUCGGAGAGAUCAGCUUAUUGAGCCUGUGCGGUACCAACAGGAGAACGGCGGAUGUCAGAUCUCAUGGAUUCUCUAAUAUUUUUGUGUUGAGCAAGGAAGACCUUAACGAAGCAAUCAAGUUUUAUCCGAAUGCUCAAGAAAUACUUAAGCGCAAAGCGAGAGAACUAAUUCAACAAAAUGCAGCAAGAGAACACCGGCAAAUACCGAAAGAACUAUUCGACGGCGGCCAUUACAAGAAUAGUAGUACCGAGAGUUUGAUGCGAGUUAUGUAAUUACGAAUACUAUUAAAAUUUGUGAUUUUAUACCAUAAAAAUUGUUUACAAAAUAUACGUACGUUAAACUAUGAAGAAAUAUAAUUGUGUCUGAGAAAAGAACACUGUACAGUUUAAGCACAAUUACAAUAUAAAUUAUUCGUAAUAUUGUGUCGUCGUUAGAGCCUGCGGUAGGUAUCAAAUGAAAUAAACGAAAUUUACUAAUUUCGAUAAGACUA